GCCUUUCUUCGGCCGUCACGUGACUCACUGGCGGGCGUUGCUGUCACCGCGAAGGGAAUGGGGGCGCAGUGACGGGGAAGAGCCUUUUUGGCGUGGGCCUCGUGUCGUGCCUGCGCUUCUUCUCCUUCCCCCUCUCGUCAGAGUCGCCGUGAGGACUCAUGGUGGCUUAGAAUAUCAUUCUCCCCUUCCUGCAUUAUGUUCCCGCUACAACAGCCGCACUGUAAGGUUCACCUGUGUUUUCCAAAGUGAUCAGUGUCAAGAUAAAGUGACAAAAUGACAGAGUUCUGGCUUAUUUCUGCUCCUGGGGAGAAGACAUGUCAACAGACAUGGGAGAAGCUGAAUCUUGCAACUACUAAAACUGCCAACCUCUCCACCAAUGCAAAGUUUAAUAUUCCAGAUUUAAAGGUCGGCACCCUUGAUGUUUUAGUUGGUUUGUCAGAUGAACUGGCUAAACUGGAUUCGUUUGUGGAAGGUACUGUGAAGAAGGUGGCCCAGUAUAUGGCUGAUGUGCUGGAAGACAGUAAAGAUAAAGUUCAAGAAAAUCUUCUUGCCAAUGGCGUUGAGUUGGUAACCUACAUAACUAGAUUCCAGUGGGACAUGGCCAAGUAUCCAAUCAAGCAGUCAUUGAAGAAUAUUUCAGAAAUAAUUGCUAAGGGAGUGACUCAGAUUGACAAUGAUCUGAAGGCAAGGGCGUCAGCAUACAACAGCUUGAAAGGCAACCUUCAGAACUUGGAACGGAAGAAUGCGGGAAGUUUGCUAACAAGAAGUCUUGCUGAAAUUGUGAAGAAAGACGACUUUGUACUUGAUUCUGAAUAUUUGAUUACAUUGUUAGUGGUUGUACCAAAGUCUAAUUAUAAUGACUGGGUUAAGCAGUAUGAAACUUUGACAGAUAUGAUUGUCCCACGAUCCAGCAAUGUUCUUUCUGAGGACCAGGAUAGUUAUCUCUGUAGCAUCACCUUGUUCAGGAAGGUAGUGGAUGAAUUCAGACAAAAAGCCAGGGAAUACAAAUUUAUGGUCCGUGACUUUCAAUACAAUGAAGAAGAACUGAAGGCAGACAAAGAAGAGAUGAACAGACUGUCUACUGACAAGAAAAAACAGUUUGGUCCUCUUGUCCGGUGGCUGAAAGUGAAUUUCAGUGAAGCUUUCAUUGCGUGGAUUCAUGUGAAAGCACUAAGAGUCUUUGUUGAAUCAGUUCUCAGGUAUGGCUUGCCAGUCAACUUCCAGGCAAUGCUGCUUCAACCAAAUAAGAAAAUGAUGAAGAAAUUGAGAGAGGUUUUGUAUGACUUGUACAAGCACCUUGACAGCAGUGCAGCUGCUAUCAUUGAUGCAACUAUGGAUAUUCCAGGCUUGAAUCUCAGCCAGCAGGAAUACUACCCCUACGUGUAUUACAAGAUAGACUGUAACUUGCUCGAGUUCAAGUAAAUGGUGUCUGAUCCUGGCAAACCUUUUGUGGUGUUGGUGUACAAGCAGAAAUGAGGCUGAAGAACGGCAGUGCUUCUAACUUUCUCAUAAACCUGUGCUUGCUUCUUCCACCCUCUUGCAUAGGAGAACUCUCUCCAUCGUGGUCCAUCUCUUGAUAUUUUUCUUUUCAAAAAGAGAGAUAUAGUAUUGCUUUUAAUUGAUCAGGUCUGUAAAUGUAUAUUGAGAGAAUCAGAGUGUAUUUAUAAAUAGUCAUUUAUUUAAAAAGAGUAGUUUAAAAAAGAUCAUUCCUCUUUCAUACAGUGGUCUGCAUCAAUUCCAUUGACCAUCCUCUAUGAAGACCUUGUUUACAAAUAAAAACAGGGGGGGGGGAGGGGAGAACUUAUGCCAUUUUGUUCACUGUGUUUCAUAGAUAUAUAAAGCUGUAAACAUUGUUAUUGAAUUGUGAUGUAAUAUAUGUGGAGAUUGAUGUUCAGUCUGUAGUUUCUAGAUGGUUUAAAUUUACAAUACGUUAAGCACUGGAACAACUCACAGGAGAAAAUAAAAGCACCUGUGCAACUGUACUGCAUGCCUGUCUCACUGUAAUAUACCUAAGUGACAAGUUACACUGCCUGUUUUAAAUGGUGAAAUGAUUGCCUGUCUCAAGUACCUGGUUCAUCAGGUUCAGGUUGGUCAUUAGUGAAGCCAGAGUGAUGUGUGAGUCACAAUCUAAGUAUCUGCUUUGGAUCUUGAGAUGCUCAGGAGAAAGGUGGGCAUAUAUUUUUUUAUAAAGAAACCAACCAUCCGUUCAAAAAUCAGUGGCUAAAAAGAAGUGAAGUCAUAAACUGCAGAAGUCACCGGGAUGACCUUCACUUUGGCCAAGCAAAUGACUAGUCAGAUGAUGACCUUUAAGAAUGUUUUUUUAAUUCCACCACGCACUUUUAAAGCAUUCUGUUUCAUUCUUAUAGUUGAGUGUAUCAGAGAUAGACUAUUAAGUAUGUUACUCAAGGCUGUUCGCUCGAAUGAGUAGUUUAAUUUUUAACUUUUCUAACUAAUUUUUGUUUCUGGACACUAGAGGGUACCCUAGAUCCACUCUUAAAAGAACGAUGCCUGUGAUGCUACACACUAUGGAUGAACUAUGAUAAACUUCAAAGGGAGUUUCUGUACUAACAGCACUGUGUUAGCAUAACAAUAGCAAUGUAGGAAUGCCAAAAACCAAACUAAUUUCAACUGAUUAGUCCAGUAGUGUCUACAGUUUGCCAUGCUGUAUCUUUUCUCCCUUGUGCUGUAAUCAAAGGUAAUUGCGAAGGGCUGAUGUUAACACGUAGCUUAGUUGCAAGUAGUAAUAUGUGAGAAAAAUGUAGCACUUGGUGACUUGGAAACUUGUAAAAUGUUACACCCGCAUCCUUAAGUUUCCAUAAUUCAAAGGUCAGAUUUGUUGCUGCGGCUCUUACCUCGUAUUGUGAUUACAUUUUAAGAAAUAAAGUUAUUUUAAAGAUA